UAUAGUAACUCCAUGCAUCUUUUAUCUACUUUUAAAGUUAAAUACAUUUUUAUAUUUCGUAACUCUUUGUCACACACAACUUACGAUUUUGUCAUUAUUAUUAGCGUAAAUGCCUUACACCACGACGUCCUACUUAAACACUACGAAUACGACGAGUAAACGAACGAUUCUACUCGAACUAUCAUGCAUGGUCGAAUAAUUGCUCCCGAUGCCUCCGAUUCGACGAAAUUCAAAAUGUCUAGUUUGUAUUCGUAUUUAUCGUGCUUAACGUCUACCAUAUACGUGUAUUGUGAUAAAAUAAUUAACGAGAUUGGUGAUUUUUUCCUUGUUAUUCCCGGGCGGAAAAUCUCUAAACACGGUGCUGCGGUAUAAGGCUGAACGUAAAUUACUUUGCAGCAACGCAGGAGACGUGGAAACGUCAAAAUACCGGCGUAGGCGAGUCCUUUUCGAACGAGCAUGUUAAUUCCCGUGGGAAACCCACGUACGACGAUGCACAGAGAAUAUUAUCGUGAUCGCUCGUUCGCUGGCGAUAUUAAGAGGGGAGAGGGCUCUGCGGGGUGGGAGAAACCGUCUCGGAGCUCCGCAGGCUCAUCACGUGCCGGAACAACUGCAGUCUAACGUCACUGCCGGAAUUUCGUUGAGUAUAUAUUGUUAUUAUUAUUGUUGUUACUAUUAAUAUUAUUUUAUAAUAAUGGACUGUCGUCGUCGCUUGUCGUGCUCGCUGUUCCGUUUUUGUAGAGCGUUCGCCCUGACCAUGGCGUUGGCGGCCACCGCAUGUGGCGGUGGCGACGUUGGAGGAGGUCCGGUCGUGGCCGAUCCACCACCGCAAUGUCCGGACGACGGAUGCGCCUCUGUCCAGUGUCCCGUCCACGACCCGAACGCUUGUCCGCUGGGCCUGGUGCCGGACGCGUGCGCCUGUUGUCCUUACGGCCUGUGCGGCUUGGGCGAAACGGCCUUGUGCAACGCUGCGGACCGGCCGUGCGCUGAAAACUUGGAGUGCGUCAAGACGGAAGACGUCGGCGGCGGCGUGCAGUACCGGUGCGCGUGCAAGGAAACGGAUCCGGUGUGCGGGUCGGACAAUAGGACGUACUCGAACAUGUGUCAGCUGAACGGGGCGGCGGUCGGCUACAACGGGACGCCGCAACCACUGUGGAUGCAAUACCGGGGACCGUGUCAGUCGGCCCCUUUCAUUAGGUCAGCACCCAAGAACUUGGCUGGUUCCGUCGGGCACACUGUGGUGUUUGAUUGUGAAGUCAAUGGAUAUCCCGUGCCUAGCAUUAGCUGGCGAUUUACGGAUGUAUACGGAAUCACAAAAUGGUUGCCAGGAGACGAUACACUAAUUGCGAUACAGAUCAGAGGAGGACCAGACCGUUUUACCGUCACCUCGUGGGUACAAAUCAUGGAAUUCAAACCCACCGUGCACACGGGAAAUUACACGUGUCUGGGCACUAAUUCGGCGGACGUAGCUACGGCUUCGGCGGUGUUGGACGUCCGAAAGAUGGUCUAGAUGGCUAUACAGAUGAGAACGACAACUCGUCACAACAAUAUUUGUGUUUGUAUUUUUUUUUUUAUUAUUAUUAUGUUAUUGGUAUAAUAGGUAUUUUUUAUAUAUUUUCUACUUCUUUUGAUCAUUCUUUUCCGAUUUAUAAUAUAGAAUACAUUUUUGUAACUCGAAACCUUGAAAUAAUUGUAUUGUUUCCAAUAGCUUCCACAAAAGUUGUGCUUGAUUUGAAAAUAUCAAAAAUUCAUACUUUGUUA